CUUCUGCAAAGGAAGAACGCUUCACUCGUUUGUAAGGGACCCCAAGAUAUCCCUGGAUAUUAACAAAACCAGGCAGAUAGCCCAGGAGAUCAUCAAGGGCAUGGGGUAUCUUCAUGCAAAGGGGAUCGUGCAUAAGGAUCUGAAAUCUAAGAAUGUUUUCUAUGACAAUGGGAAAGUUGUGAUCACUGACUUUGGAUUAUUUGGAAUUUCGGGUGUGGUUCAGGAGGGAAGGAGGGAGAAUGAACUGAAGCUGCCUCAUGACUGGUUAUGCUACCUGGCCCCUGAGAUUGUUCGUGAGAUGGCCCCUGGGAAAGACGAAGACAAGCUGCCUUUCUCCAAAGCUGCAGAUAUCUAUGCCUUUGGGACUGUGUGGUUUGAGCUCCAAGCGAGAGAAUGGCCUUUCAAGAACCAGCCCGCAGAGGCGCUCAUCUGGCAGAUUGGAAGCGGCGAAGGAGUGAAACAAGUCCUUGCGACUGUUAGUUUGGGGAAAGAAGUCAAUGAAAUUCUCUCAGCAUGCUGGUCAUUUGAUCUCAGCGAGAGACCUAGCUUCACUGUCCUCAUGGAUAUGCUUGAAAAACUGCCAAAACUGAAUCGUCGGCUCUCCCACCCAGGGCAUUUCUGGAAGUCUGCUGACAUUAACAGUAGCAAAGUUGUCCUGCGUUUUGAAAGAUUUGGCUUGGGAAUCCUGGAACCAAGUAAUCAAAAGCUAUAGUGCGGUGUGUCCUUGGCUGGCGGCAGUGUGGCUGCCUCCUUACACAAAGCAGCCGAAAUCCUCACUGAACCUCCCACGCUCUGACGCUGGUGAGCCGCAGCUGAACGCCGCACGACCAUCAGCUCGCAGCCCCGGGUUGUUUGCAAAGUCUGAAUUCUGCCUGAGCACCAGCAGUUAUUUAAAUAAUG